AUGGCUUCGAUCGCUGUACCAAGCACGCAGCGUGCGCUGAAGGUAAAGGGAGCUGGCGCGAUCAAUCUGGAAGAAUCAUGUCCGGUACUCGCUCCCCGCGCGGACGAAGUUCUUGUUCGCAUCAAAGCCAUCGCACUGAACCCAUUCGAUUGGAAAUCUCUCGAUAUGUCGCCCGCACCCGGUUCGACUUGGGGAUGCGAUUUCUCGGGAAUUGUGGUAGAAUGCGGCAAGAACGUGAUCGGAUUCGCACAGGGAGAUCUUGUCGCUGGCGCAGCGCCAGGAAACAAUGCUGAUGAACCACAUAGCGGUGCCUUUGCUGAAUACGCCAAUGUGCCAGCAGCAGUGCUUUUCAAGGUCCCGUCAUGGUUGUCAUUCCAAGACGCGGCAACUUUGGGCUGUGGCCUCCUGACUGUCGGGCUGGCCUUGUACCAUAUACUGAAAUUGCCACUUCCAUACAGCAAGACGCAUACCAGUUCGCAAUACGUUCUGAUCUAUGGUGGUGGAACUGCCACCGGCACUCUAGCUAUCCAGGCGGCGAAAUUAUCAGGUUUGAUUCCGAUCACAACUUGCUCACCACACAACUUCGAACGCGUCAAAGCACUCGGCGCCAUCGAAGCAUGGGACUAUCACUCGCCCGACUGCGCCGACCAGAUCCGCACGUUCACCAAGGAUCAUCUGGCCUACGCACUCGACUGCAUCACUGACUCUGGGAGCAUGAAGAUCUGCUAUGCCGCCAUCGGCAGCAAUGGUGGGAGGUAUGUCGGCCUGGAUCAAUUCCCGCUUCGAGGCCACACGCGUCGGGAAGUACGACCACACUGGAUCAUCGCGUGGACUGUUCUGGGAAAGCCGAUUAACAUGGCAAAGCCAUACCGGCGAGAUGCGAAGCCGCGAGAUCAAAGGUUUCAGGAGCGAUGGCGGCCGAUUGCACAAAAGAUGUUGGAUCAAAAAGACAUCCUCACGCACCCAGCCGAGGUCAGCAAUUCGGGGCUGGCGGGCGUGGCCGCUGGCGCCGACCGCUUACGUAAAGGCGCCGCUGCAGGAAAGAAGUUGGUCUUUCUCAUUCACCAGUAG